AGGGUUAAUGUUACUAAAUUCUUUCAAAUGCCUAAAUAUUUGUUGCCAGCCCAUGUAUGCCACUGGUGUGGUACCUGGAAAGGUGAUAAAAUAUGUAGUAGUUGUAAGAAAGCAAGAUACUGUUCUGAGAAACAUCAGGCACUGCAUUGGCGUACUGGUCAUAAAAAUGAUUGCCUCCAGAUAAUAAGUUCUUCCGCUGCUUCAAAUUCAGUUUUGCCAACUAUUGGAAAAGUUCCUGCUAACACUUCUUGGCCAGAAUUUGAGAUAAAAAUAGACUAUGAAGGUAUAUUUGAUUCCAAUAGUGGUGAUGAGAAUAACUCGAAGUUGUUGGUGAUGCAAAGACAUGGGAAACCUGAUGCUAUGAUGCAGUCAUGGAUGGAUCAAUUUGAGGUUUUGGGUCCAUUUUCUUUCAGAAUAACCUCUGUUGGACUUCUGCUUAUGCAUCAAUCAUUAUAUUUAUUUAAUGCUGUCUGGGUAGGCCGAUUCUGA